AUGGACCAGCCCAAGCCCGCUAGUGAGCAGCAAAUGUUGCACAUCCUGGUGACAGGUGCCAACAGCGGCCUUGGGUUCUCUAUCUGCUGCCGCCUUGCCGACGAGUUCCUCUCCUCUCACCCAGAAUCUGAAUCCCUCACCAUAAUAUUCACAACCCGGAGCGCGCGCAAAGCCCAAGACACAAUCCGCAGACUAGAAGCACACCUCCAAUCGACCUCGCCCUCCGCAUCCGCCGCGGCACGUGUGCACUUCGUCUCCGAGACCGUUGACCUUGGGGAUCUCCGCUCGGUGCGUGCACUUUCUCGCAAACUAGUCCACACCCUCCCCCGACUCGACUCAAUUGUCCUCAACGCCGGGCUGGGCGGCUGGUCUGGCAUCAACUGGUUCAGGGCCAUUUGGGACGUAUGCACAGAUCUCCUCCACGCGGUGACCUGGCCAGCCUACAAGCUCGCACCGGCGGGCGUGUUGACAGACAAGCAAACAAAGACAGAAGAAGAGCCUGCACUCGGAGCGGUCUUUUGCGCGAACGUCUUCGGUCACUAUAUGCUGGCGCACAACGUGGCUCCGCUGCUGAAGCGGGCGCGCACGAAUGGGCCCGGCCGUGUGGUCUGGGUUUCCAGUGUCGAGGCGACUUGGAACUUCUUCGACGUCGACGAUAUCCAGGGUCUCCGCACUGAUGCGCCAUAUGAGUCUUCUAAGGCUCUCACUGAUCUCCUCGCGCUGACCUCCGAUUUGCCGUGCACGGCCCCCUGGGCGAUUGAUAGCUUCCUGCAGUCCGAGACCGAGCUUGACACCCAUGCUAUCCACGCAGAUGCCCCCGAUGUGAACCCGCGCAUGUACCUCUCUCACCCUGGUAUUUGCGCUACAUCCAUCGUCCCUCUUAUUCUUCCCCUUUCAUGGGCGAUGAUUGCUGUUUUCUGGACUGCGAGGAUGCUGGGCUCGCCCUGGCAUCCGUUGUCUACUUACCUCGGCGCUUGUGCUCCUGUGUUCCUCGCCCUCGCAUCGCAGGCAGACCUGGAAGCUGCGGAAGAGCCUUACCGCCGGGCCGGUGGUGGUCGAGCGAAAUGGGGUUCGUCUUGCGGACGGCUUGGAAACGAAAGUGCGGUUUCUACUGAGGUCGACGGCUGGGGACAUGGUGGUGUUGUCGGCACGCCUGUUGUUGAGGCAGACCGGCUCCGACGUCGUAAGCGCGGCGCGGAGGAUCUUACCAAGGAAAACAGGGAACAGUUCGAGGAACUUGGACGCCAGUGCUGGAAGCAGAUGGAAGAAUUGAGAAUUCAAUGGGAUGAAAUCCUGGAUCAAGCUGAGGCUCGUUCUGUAGAGACGGUUUGA